UUAGUUUUAUUUAUAUUCUUUGUUUGUUAUUCUGUUUAUCUGGGUGUAUAUAGAUUAGUGUGAGGACUUUAUUUUGUCAAUGUUUUAUAAUAAAACAUUAUAUAAACGAUAAAUAAAACUUUUAUUUGAUGUUCUAAUCCGACUGGAAAAUGACGCAGUUUCUUCCGCCGAAUUUGUUAGCAUUGUUUGCCGCUAGAGAUCCUAUUCCGUAUUUGCCUCCGGUGGACAAACUCCCUCAUGAAAAGGAGAGCAAGCCCUACAUCGGUGUCGCUGAUUUCGUUCGCCAAUUCGAGAAUCCUAAAGAAACACCUCCCCCUACCAGAGUUGAAACAAGAGAAGAAAAGAAAGAAAGAAAGAGAAAAGAAAGAGCUGAACAAACAGCUUACAAAUUGGAGCAAGACCUUGCGUUAUGGGAUCCUUCAAAUGACAACAAAAUUUAUGGAGAUCCUUUUAAAACACUUUUUGUUGCAAGAGUUAAUUUUGAUACCAGCGAGUCUAAACUGAGGCGAGAAUUUGAUCAAUAUGGUCCAAUAAAAAAGAUUCACAUGAUCACCAGCACAAAGAACAACAAACCUAGAGGCUAUGCAUUUGUGGAAUACGAGCAUGAACGAGAUAUGCACGCCGCUUACAAGCAUGCGGACGGCAAGAAGAUUGAUGGGCGACGAGUUCUGGUCGAUGUUGAAAGAGGAAGAACUGUUAAAGGUUGGAGGCCAAGGAGACUAGGUGGUGGUCUCGGCAACACUAGGAAAGGAGGACCAGAAGUGAAUACCAAGUAUUCUGGUAGAGAUGACUUCGAUGCUCGUGAUAGAGUCUUGCCUGAUGACAGAGAAAGAACGAUGAGGGAAUCAAGCAGGGAUAGACGUCGUUCGAGAAGUCGGGAUAGAGAUAGAAGGAGGAGUAGAGACAGAAAGAAAAGAAGUAGAGAAAGGAAAAGAUCAGCUGAUAGAGACAUUAAAAAAGAAAUCACGGAUGAUGUCAACGGUGCUUCAGCCCGCAAGAGGAGUCGCAGGAGUAGAUCUCGUGAUCGCCGCCGAAGCAGGUCUAAAGAUAGAAGGAGACCUAAAAGAUCAAGGUCGAGAGACAAAGUGAAGAAAGAAAAAAUAAAAUCUCAGGUAAAAGAAGAAAUGAAUGAUGGCGAAUACGGUGGAGACUAUGGAAAUGGUAGUGGCUAUGUUAAACGAGAAAAUGAUCAAGAUUACUAUGAGGGAUACAAUCAGCAGCUUCCCCCGCUACCUCCCUCCAACAGUAAUCAACAGUUUGGUAAUGCUGAGUACUAAACAUUAAAUACCUGAAUACCUAAAAUUGUUUUACACAAAAUUAUUUGGAUUCAUUUCAUUGAUGACUAAAAAUGAAACGUAGGUUUAUGAAUUAUCAUUGCUGACAUCGAUUUUAUUUGGUAUGAUGUAAAAACUGAUAUUGUUAAUUAUCAAGAUUUGUUUAAAAAAAUGCUGCGUUAAAAGGUUUACAUUUACAAAUAAAAACGAACAUAAAAAUUUGAUGUGGUUCAUGAAAUAUUCUUUUUUUGAGACUAGGAAAUGAUAAAUAUCCAGAAAUUUUACGUUGCUGUAGCACUUCGGUAGUAAUAAAUUAUGUUGCUAGAAAAAGUAUCAGGAGACACAGGUAAAAUAGGCAUUUGUAUGUUUCAGAUCGCUUAGCCGAGUCUUUAACAUGUUCUCUAAUGGGAUCUUCUACUGUGUGAAAAUGGAAGAGGUCCGAGGUGUCAGACCAGCCUCUUUCAUUGCGAGCUCUUACUUCUAAUUGAUAGAUUGUGUUGUCCUGAAGCCCUUCCAGUAAAUAAAAUGUCAUAGGUCUGAUGUCGUCAUCGUAUCUUUGCCGAAUUUUCCAUUGUUCUAAGGGCUUAACUUGACCGUUUUCAAAGAUAAUCUCUCUGUACUUAAACUCAUAUUGCCUAAUAGGUAAUCCUCCAGUUAUUGGCUUGCUCCACGUUAUUGUAUAUUUAUAGGGCUGUUCACUCACUGGCUUCGAUGUCAAAAUAAGUUUGGAUGGCGGUUUUAUUUCUUCUGUUUUGACAGCCAAUGUUAACGGUUCUCCAUAUCCAACUUCUGAAAAGGCCCUAAUUUGAAAUACGAAUGUUGUGCCCGCUCUUAGUUUUUCGAUGAAUACUUUCUCAUUUAAUGAAAAUUGUAAGGUCACAGAUUCAUAAAAAAUGCGGUAAGCCAGGACUUGUUCCCCGCCAUCAUCUACUGGAGGCUCAAUUUCUAAAUAUAGUGUAUCAGAAGUUACAUCGACGGCCUUUGCUG